AUGUCGACGCUGUAUCGGGUAUUCCCCUUUACUUCCCAUAACUUCACUGGAGCGUGCAAUGGGGUUAAGGACAAUAAUGAAGAUUUCGACAACGCGGAGUAUUUUUACAAAAUCUAUACAUAUGUAAGAAAACUAGAAGUUAUUUGGUUCACUGUUGCCUUGGUUACAAUCAGCUGCAUUUGCCUGAUCAAGAGUCAAGAGUCCCUGCGAAUGCCAGGUGAUGUCACUAUUGGUGGUCUUUUCCAAGUGAUGGAGUGUCCGAACGACAUCGAACCUUCCUCGUUACAGGUUCUGGAAGCGGUUAGGUGGUUCUUCAAACUGCUCAACAAGAGGAACUAUAUUCCCGGUGUUACCAUAGGUUUCCAUGCAUACAAGACAUGUGGUCAACCAGAACAAGCCAUGCGCCGUGCAAUUGAUCUUUUGGAGUAUUAUUCUAAAGACAAAACUUCAACACUGUUAGGUGUUAUUGGUCCAGAGCUGAGUUCCGAGGUACAGAACGUGUCCAGCUUUUUCUCAUCUCUCCCUCCCCGUGACCGACUACUCCAGCUCAAUCCCACGGCGACAGCAGCGACGCUGGUGAACCCUGUGAAAUACAACAACCUCUACCACUUCAUCCCGAGUGACAGCAUGCAGGUCGAGGUAAUUGUUCAGCUGAUGCUCAAACUGGAGUGGAACUACAUUGAUAUUGUGUUCGAAAGUGGAGCGUAUGGAAGCCAAGGCGCCACAGCGCUGUACGAAAUGGCUACGAAGAACAAAAUCUGCGUGGUCAGGAGUUACUCCUUGCCAUUUGGAGCCAACGAUUAUGAGGCUAUCGACGGGUUUCUAGAAGCCAUAAAUGUACGAGGAGUUGUCUUCUUCGGCAGGUCAAAGUUGGCGCAGAAUCUGCUUGUUCGCUUGGACCAUCGAAGGAAACUGCAGGAUAUAAUUCCCGACAUCGAGUUUAUUUUUUCCGAAACUCUAUCGAUGUCUGUUCAGUCGUUAAAGCACACUUCGGGAAGCAUCAUCGAUGCGGCCAAAGGGUCUCUUGUUGCCAGCCCACCCUACAGAAAUAUCAUCUCGUUUUCUUCAUACUGGAAUAGACUGUUCUCGAACGCUUCCGAGUUAAUGCUGCAAUCGGCAGAUAAUCCAUGGCUAAAGACAUAUUUCGAAUCAUCCACGUCUUGCACUCUGGCUGCCAACACAGACGUUCAACGUUGUCUUAGAGAUUCAAAGAAUGGUAAGCAUGUUCUGGAACAGUCUCUCUAUGUGCAGUUUUCUCUCCUCGCAGCGGCCAGCAUUGCUGAGACGAUCAAGAGAACCCACACACGGGUAUGUGGAGGACUGGCUGGCAUGUGCAACAAUCUGAAGAAUAUCAUCCGAGCAGAUAUGAUCUCCAACAUGGCGGACAUGCGGUUUGAGGUUGAGGAAGAAUUUUCAGACGUAUUCCAAAAUUACAGUGGAAUUACCUUUGCUUUCGCGAAUGGCAGACGAGAAUUGUCAUUGGGAACAAUGAACUUACUUGCAACGUAUGAAGUACAAAAUUUCAUAGACUGUGGAUCUGAUUUCUGUUUCAAAAAGGUAGCUUCGUUCGCGAAUGACAACUUGAACGUGUCCAAAUCCGAUCUGCGAGCAUACACUACAUCAGGUGACGCCAUUCCGGACAACGCUUAUCCUGCAGCCCAGUGUCCCGGUGACUGUACCCAGGACUGUGAGCCACGUGACCUUGAUGAUCACGUGAUCUUUAUUCCCGGAGACGUCUACGUCGUCGGCUUAAUUCCGAUAUAUCGACAAGACGGAAGUGACGCAUUAAAAUGUGGAAUCUUCAAAGACAAAAUAAGUGUCGACCUUGCAGAGAGUUUAAUUUUUGCGAUGAAAUCUGUUAACAGCAACUCCACUCCUUUCCCCGUCAAAUUGUCCAAAAAGGUCGGGCUAAUAGUCCUCAAUACUUGCAACAGUCCGAUGAUGGUUAAGGAGAAGCUACUCCGACUUCAAACAGGACGAAUGAAAUUAGCUAGCGGUGUAAUGAGCUCAAAUGUUUCGGAGCAAAUUAUUGGAUACGUUGGUGCCCUGGGCAGUUCUAUAAGUAUUUCUGCAGCUCAGAUUUUGACACAUACGAAGAACGUACAGAUCAGUUUCUCUUCCACGAACCCAUCGCUCAGCAACAGAGAACUAUAUCCUUUCUUCAUGAGGACCUGCACACCAGACCAGAAGCAAGCCCUUGCUAUCAUAGACAUAAUCAAAAAGCUCAAAUCGGAAUAUAUUCAGAUUGUCCACAGCAACGAGGCCUAUGGCAGAGGCGGCAAAGAGAUCUUGGAGAAAACUGCUAAAGAAAACGAUGUGUGUGUUGUCAAAUCCAUAGAAAUCAGCGAUGUCGUUUCUAGUGGGAUCCACAACAACGUCAUCAACGAGCUGUGGAAAAAUCGAGACGCCAAAGUCGUUAUCAUUUUCGUGCGUUCAGAUCUGGUUGAAAAAGUCAUGGCGGCAAUUUCUGAGCCCAUGGAGGAGGGUGAGUUCUUCUUCAUUGGAUCCGAGACGUGGGGAAGACGGACUGCCAUGCUGUCGAUGCCUAAACUGCGAGGCAGGGCAAUCUCGUUGGCUCAGGAUCUACCAUCUGAUUUUGGAUUUGAUGAAUACAUGCGUAAGACCGAGUUGAAUAUUGUGGACCCCGUGAAUCCGUGGCUGGCGAAAUUUGUCGAGAAGCGAGCCAACUGCUAUCUUCCUUUGAGUUUUUCCAAGAAAGGAAAAACUCCGUGCACGCAAAAAGCCAUAAACGAUGCCAUGCCAGUAGGAAAGAAGAGAGAGCCGUGGGUUCCUUUUGCAAUUGCCGCCUUUUAUUCUUUGAUCCACGGCUACGACAGCGCUCUCCAAGGCAGAUGUGCCAGCGAACCUACAUGCAGCGCGGAUAUCCUGUACCAAGAAAUGUUAGCUACGUCCGAAAUGGAUUGGUUCAACAUCGGCCAGGAUGUGCGGCUCAUCUUGAACACCGGUGACGGCAAUGUCGGCUAUAACAUCCUGUACCUCAACGACGAAAUGGCUUACCAACAGAUUGGGGCAUGGACGGUUAAUCAGUUUAGUUUUGACGAGAGGAACAUAAAGGCAUUGGACACCUUAGCUUCCAGAUGUCCUAACGAAGUACAGUGCAACAGAUGUCAAACAUUUCUGUCAAAAGCAAAACCUGUAGAGGAGAGGACCAACAACCUGCCCCUGAUUGUUGGAGUCUCGGUGGAGGGCCUGCUCAUACUGCUCCUGGGAGUGGCGUGUCUUGUCAUACACUGCAGGUGGAAGGCCAGACACAACCAUUACGUCAACCGUGCGAUGCAGUACAAGAUGACUCCGGAUUACAUCACAGCAGUGCAUAACGAGUCGCCGAUGGAUGCAUACGAUGUAUCACGAAUGUCCAAUUACGACCACAUUCCAGCUGACCUUGUAGAGAUGGCACCACCGCCCUGUGGACCAUCUGGAAGCAUUCAUAGCGAGAACCAUUCUGUUCGUUAACCAUUAUUUUAAGACUGACGCUCCUAUACUUCGUGUAUAAUCCACAGUCAUCACGAAGGAGCUACCAUUCGGCAAACUUACUCAAGUAGCUCCAUUCCUUUUUAAGAUGGACCGUUCCAAAUUAUGCGCCAAAUUACCGCAUGAAAACUUCGCAAUCUUUUAAUAUUUUGGACUAAGGGUCAUUCAAAAUUCAAUAGCACCACGAAUGUCCCCUGGUCAGCCUGCUGGUGCUGUCUUGCACUACCAGCGUCGGCGAUUCUUCGUCCCACCCACCCCAAAUCCUUUUCUGUCUUGGACGGAGGAGCCGGCCUAAGUCGACACCUGCGCCCAUGACAGGCGUGCGCUACCACAGCUGGCACUGAAUGUGCACCUUUAAGCCCUGUGGCCUGACCUGACCACUCAACGCGAACUUACCAACCAAACUCUCUGUACGGAAGAUCGAAAAUUGCCAGAACGAUAGAAAAUGAAGUAUGUAUUAGUUAGAAGCCACUUGGCCAUAUGCUUGCCGUCGGAUACAUUAUAGGGCUAUGAGCCAUGAAGGGAAAACAAAAGUCGGAUGUGUUGAAUGCAAUACAAUGGCAUGAUUUGGCAUCAAUGUUCAGCGCUGGAAUUAAGAUACAUAAUGCUAUUUUACUUUAUUCCAGAGUCUCAUUAUCAGUUAGUAUAAGUGUCGGGUACUCGGGUCCGGGUCGAGUUUGACCUUCGAGUACUCAAAUCCAAUAUUUUG